AUGCCUAGCUCAGGACAGCGGUGGCCCACAUACUACGGUUUUAUCAUCAACAUCGAAAAGGCCGUCCAGGUCGCGCUCGUUCACAAUCCUGUCCUACGCGCGAAGGCCGAACUAGACGGGAUAGACAAAUGCGUGGGCACCCUGGUUGACUACACAGUGGGGAAGGUAAACCGUGAGGUGCCCAUUCUCGAUCUGCUUAUGGGGGAGGCGUGGAUCGGAAGUGGCCGCAGCAGUCUUUGCUGGGCGCUUCCAAGGAGGAUGCUACCACAGUACCGCACCCCAAAGGACGAGCGGCAACUGCGGAAAUUCCAGAAGAUGGUUGGGCUGGGCGGGAAUCCCCUCAUCAUGGCGUCUUGCGACGGACCAGAACCUGCGCGCUACAAGACUAUGGAGACGCCGGAAUUUCUCAUUGAGUGGUCUCUCUUGUCUUUCAUACGGCGCUGUAGGUCGGGAGAGGUGACAGUGGAAAAGUUGUUGAUGUCCUAUGGUCCCGAAAUGCCCGAUGUCCAAAGCUUGUCACUGGAGGACAUGCCUAAGCCGCUUGUUACUGGGAAGACAGAGAAGACUGACGAUGAGAAAUCUGAAUAA